CGUUUUUUAUUGGAUUGCCUGUAACAUUUCUCCGUUUGGCUGGCAGCCAAAGUUUUGUUGUGGAUUUGGGCAGCAUGCUCUUGAAUACAUCCAGUCGAUAUCUACGGGUGACAAUCAACCGGCGCACCGAUAUGAUGCUCCACGAAGCAUGGCAUCCCGUGCAGGGACGAUGCAGGGUUGUUGGGCGGAGGUCCGCCGGCAUCAUGUCCGCCGCGCGCUUUCCCCAUCCCCGCCAUUCUUCUCCUCUGCCAUCUUGCAGCUCCUUUCGCUCUCAUCUCAGCUGCUCACUCAGCCCCCAGAACAAACCAUGUCCAGCCAGAGCUACUUUUCCAAGAUUCAAGGGCCCAUCCCCUACAGCGGCCCAUCGUCCAGCGACCCGCUCAGUUUCCAAUGGUACAACAAGGAUGCCAUUGUCCAUGGUCGAAAGAUGAGAGACUGGCUGCGUUUCUCUGUGUGCUUCUGGCACACCUUCCGUGGUAUCGGCGCCGAUCCCUUUGGUGCUGCCACACUCGCCCGGCCCUGGGACACUGUCGAUCUGGCUGGGGCCUCCUUUGCCGAGCUCGCCGCUUCGUGCAAGCGCAGGGUCGAUGCUGCUUUCGAGUUCUUCAGCAAGCUCGGCGUCGAUUACUACACUUUCCACGACCGAGACGUUGCCCCCGAGCUCGACACUAUCGAGCAAACGAAUGCGCUCCUCGACGUCGUUGCCGACUACCUCUUGCAGAAGCAGAGCGAGACCGGAAUCAAGCUCCUCUGGGGCACUGCAAAUCUCUUCAGCAGCCCCAAGUUCAUGAACGGCGCCGCAACCAAUCCAGACGUCGUUGUAUAUGCCCAUGCUGCUGCUCAGGUGAAGAAAGCCAUGGAGGUCACGCAUAAGCUUGGUGGUGAGGGAUACGUCUUCUGGGGCGGGCGCGAAGGCUAUCAGUCCUUGCUCAACACCAAUGUCAAGAAGGAACUGGACCAAAUGGCCUCGUUUUUCCACAUGGCUGUCGCACACAAGCAGAAGAUCGGGGCCAAGUUCCAGUUCUACAUUGAGCCAAAGCCUCGAGAGCCAACUAAGCACCAGUAUGACUACGAUGCCCAGACAGUCAUUGGGUUCCUUUAUCACUAUGGUCUCAUCGAGCACUUCAAGCUUAAUAUUGAGCCCAACCACACUACCCUUGCUGGCCAUCAAUAUGACCACGACAUUGUUCUUGCGGCUGCUUACAACAUGCUUGGUUCUAUUGACUGCAACACAGGCGACGAGCUUCUCGGCUGGGACACGGACCAGUUUCUCACCGACGAGCGCAAGGCCACGCUGGUCUUGAAGGCCGUCAUCGAAAUGGGCGGCUUCAAGACAGGCGGCCUCAACUUUGACUGCAAGGUGCGCCGAGAAUCGACGGAUAUUGAAGACAUGUUCAUUGCGCACAUUGGCUCGAUGGAUACCUUCGCGCGCGGCCUCCUCAACGCUGCCCAGAUCGUCGAAAGCGGCCGCCUGCGUGGGAUGAUCGACCACCGCUACAAGUCGUGGACGGAGCACAGGGAAGGCCAAGCAGUCACCGCUGGCCAGUCGUCUUUUGAGGAGCUGGAGCAACUGGCCAAGAAGCACGGUCAGCCAGAGCUGCGCUCGGGCAAGCAAGAACUGUUCGAGCGAGUCUUUAACGACGAGCUUACCAAGUCCUCUUCGAAGCACUGAGAUGCCGGCCGCAUAUGGGUACAUAUGGACGUGCAGGAUGCGCUGGGUGCGCAUCCAGAUGUAUCGAUGCUCACCGCCAACUACGAGCAGCCAACGAUCGAGAGCCUGAGCCUGAGCCUGAACCUGAACCUGAGCCUGAGCCAGGACCGCACCGCGCCAAUACAGGCGGAUCUAUCCAGUC